AAUCAGCUUAGAAUUAAUAGUGCAUAUUUCGUCAAUAUUUGGAAAGCAAAAUUAGUUUAAUCUGUCAAGCCAUGAUCUCUAAAUUCUAAAACCGAAUCUUCAUCCUCAGCUUGUGACCACCGGCAAAUAUAUAUUUCUAAUUUGGUACCCUUAACCUAAUUGUCAAAACAUGGUAAACUGGGCUUUUCUAAACACGAAAUAGUUUAGUAGUUUGCUAACGAAACUUAAAUUUGGGAGGCGAAACCAGUUUGUUCAAUACUAACAUUUUUAAUGGUUACAAAUUGUGCUUCAACAAAUUACAGUAGUAAAUAAAACAUAAUCAUUUUCCCCCUUAUAUAAUCUAUAAAAAAGUUUUGAGCUACUGUACUUAGAGUUUUGAGUAUUUACAAUUGUUUUGGGAAAAAAUUCACCUGAAAACAUUAACACGCUCAAUAUAACUAUUGGAAAUAACCAUAUGUCAUCAGAGUUCACAACAUAAACGUCAAUGUUGUCGACAGAUUCUAACCUAUAAAAUGACAAUUUCUGCAGCAUAAACGUGUUUUAAAGAAGACGCUAUAAUUUUCUAAAUCCUGUGGUUAACUCCUAGACAAUGAUAACUCGUGCCUCUGAUAUCUCAGGUAGUUUCGGACCUACGUCACUGUAUGAAGUAACUCCCGAUAGGAAAACUGCUCUCCAGAUCAAAGCCAGAGAUACACAACUCAAGAAAGAACUCAAGGCGCUCGCAAAGGCAGAGGGAAUUAACACUCGUUCUCUACAGGCUAGAGAAUUGCAGUUUCGAACAAAAUAUGAAAAAUAUCUGACAAGGGGGAAUUUUGAGACAUCGCUCUUGAAGAAAGAUGUUUUCAAAAAGGUUGCACAAGAGGAUGGAGAAUCAAUUACAAGUGGUUUGGAGCAUACUCCUCUCCACAAGCUGAUCUACACCAAGGGUGAGGUGGAUGUGGAGAAGGUUGUGUGCCUCCAUCUGCUAACAGUGCAACAGCUGAGCAUCCCUUCUCACAUGGACAAGAGGAAUCUGAAAAUGUUUCCAAAGCGCUCUAAGCCAAACAUACUUGAAGCUUCAGCUUUGCCAUUUUACACUGUGGAAAUCGUGCAUCAAGUUGACACGGAAGUGAAGAUAGAGCUGAAAGAGAGCCAGGACGUCAUUAUUCUAGUCAACACCAACAUAGAAAAGUUAGUUGUUUCAAUAUUAGAAGUUCUUGCGAUUGUAAGUCCUCAAAAAUUACAAAAAGUUAAGGAGAUAUGUUCCAAUAAAAGAUCUAUUCAAGAAAUAAUGAUCAGAACUAAGAACUGCAAUUUUUUGGCACAAGCAAAGGAUUCUCCGGUGCUUCUCAAGAUGGAGAAUUAUCGAUUAGAAAUUGCUAGAUUUCCAAGAGGAACCUUUCUCUGA